GCCCGCAAAAGCCCCUAAUGUAGCAACACGCCUUUCGAAGGAUCGCUAAUGGAGGGUCGGUUCGUACCUUUCCAACAGCAAUUCGGGAACGAAGACGAGGUUGUUGUUCAAGACCAUGAGGACGAGGACGGCGACGAUGACGAUGACGAGGACUAUGAAGAAGAGGCCGACUACGAAGACGAAGAAGAGGGGUUUGUUCUGGCCGUGGAGUCAUCUAGGGUUUCGUAUGGCGGACCGCCGGAGUCUUCUCAGGAGGCAGUGAUUGGCCAUACUCGGGAAAAUGCGGUUGAAGAGGAUGAGGAUAGUACGAGGAGGAGGGAAGGGGGUGAGGCGUCUUCGUCGCAGGGAGGCGACAAAGGGGGAGAGUGGAGUAGGGGUGAUGUUGACGGCUUGUUUUGCCCAAUUUGCAUGGAGGCUUGGUCGAAUGGCGGUGAUCACCAAGUCUGUUGUCUUCCUUGUGGCCACUUAUAUGGUGUUUCAUGCAUCAAGAGAUGGUUGCAGCAAAGGAAAAAUUCGGGGAAGUGUCCUCAAUGCAACAGGAAAUGCACGUUGAAAGAUGUAAGAGUAAUUUAUGCAUCACAAAUAGUUGUUGUUGAUCAAGAAUUACAAAAGAAAGUUAAAUCUCUUGAAGCUAAAUGUGCUUCUUUUGAGAAGAAGGAUAGUGACUGGCAUAAGAAAGAAGUUGAAUGGCAGAGGAGAGAAGCUGAUUUGCAUCUGCAAGUACACCAACUUACAGAGAGGACAAGUCAUUUGGAGCAUUUAUUGAGAGACACAGGAAGCAGGUCAUCAAGAUUUCCCAGUGCAAGUGAUAUUUGUCAAGAACAAGCCACAUUUGGACAUAACCAUAAAUUUGAAGCUGAUGGGCGAGGAUCUUCAAGCUGCCUUUUGUUACAGGUAGAUGGUGCUAAAUUUUUUGAUGUGGAUGCUUCCAGUCAAGCAUUAAUAAUUGCACGAAGGUUGUCCGGGAUGGGGGCAAAGCAUGUACUCACCAAAAUGAGUUUGAUAGCUCCACAUGAAAGAGAAAAUAUACAGGUUCCUGACAAUACAAAAGCUAUAAGGGAUAUACAUGUCUCUGCUCAUGGAAAACUAGCACUUGUGGCUUCCUUGGGGAAGAAAUUAUCUGUUAUCAGCACUGAAAGCAACAACGUUGUUAUUUCUUAUGAUUUACUGGCUGCUGCUUGGUCAUGUUCGUGGGAUCUUAGCUGUUCACAUUAUGCAUACACUGGAUUACAGAAUGGAAUGGUUAUGGUAUUUGAUAUGCGCCAAACAGUAAGGCCUGUCGAAUCCAUGGUGGGGUUGACGUGCAACCCCAUUCACACUGUGCAUUCUCUUUCACCAGAAUUAAGUUUUCUUUCUGGUGUUAGAAGCCUCCUUACUGCUUCUUCGGUUGGUUUAUGUCAUUGGAAUUUUGGUAGCAGUGAAGAAAGGCUGUUUUUGGUUCCUGAAUCAGAGAAUCAAGGAAUUUGUAUAGCUCUUGCUUAUUGUCCCACCAGCAAUAACAUUGUUGCCUCCUUUCGUCCCAAAGUUGAGAUGUCUAGUGACAUUGCUGUUUCUCAACCUUCACCAUCCCCUACCACCUCUCUCACGGGGCAAGGAGUCCAAGGAUCCCAUGUUCUCUACAGGAGUGUGGGUAGCAUCAGAUAUAAGAAAUUAGGAUCUGUGUGUGCAAAUGUAGAUUCUAUUCGACUGCCUAAAUCUGCAAUUAUAGACAGAGGUCAUGGAAUACAAUUUGUUUCUGGAGAUGAAGUGGCAUGUGAGUUGGUCUUGCAAGAGCUGCCAUCUUUUAUGGUUGCUCAGCGUCUUAAAUAUCAGAAACAUCCAAUUCGAGAUGUGAAAUACUCACGUGACUUAAACUCUGGAUUGCUUACUUGUUUAAGUGAGGACAUAUUGCAGCUUUUCUCUGCCAAGGUUUUAUGAAAAGAGUCUUUCUCUUGCAUGUACACCUUUCUUUUUCUUGUGCCAUACAUGUGUCCCCACAGCCCUCGCAUGACGAGGUACAAUAUUUGAGGACGAUUGCUGUCACAUGGGCUAACAUGUCAAUGCAUCUGUGCGAUAUUGUUCCUUUAUUUUUGUGGGCAAUUAUCAGGUAACUAAGUAUUGCUUUGGGUAGCUUAGAUCCAAAUUUUACUUAAUUUUACUUUGUAAAGACAGUUGUAUCUAUUGGAAAUAGUUUUUUUUUUUUUUUUUAUCCAUAAUUUACUCUAGGGGAGAGAUUUAUGUAAUAUUUUACAUAGUGCAAACUUGUUUCUUCUUACAUGACAUGGUGAUAAGAGGUUAUAACGAUAUACGCUCCGAGUAAAGCUCAUUUUUAUAUUUAUUUGAUAGUCAUGGUUUGUAAAUAAUUGAACUCUGGUCAGUGGAGUGGAGCAUAUGAAGUGCACAAUUAAAUGAUAAUAGUUGUA